AUGGUAAGACUUUUCUUGGCGUUUUUUCUUAUCAGUGGUGUGAAAUCCCAGAUUAAUUUACAAAAAACCGAUGCUUUAGUAAAGGCAAGACCGGGAUCGAACGCGACCUUGAAGUGUCCGGUGCCAUAUACUUCAUAUGAUGAGUAUGAUUGGUAUGUUGCUGGUCGGCGUAUCCAUAUUGGGAAUUGGAACAAAGGAGUUGUAAACCAGUUAAAUAAUUUCAACGAAUCUUUGAGAUUAGAAAAGGAUGGAAGUCUCUUCAUCACUGAAGCAAACAGGGAUCUGGUUGAACAGUAGGCGCAAUUUUUACAAUCUAUUGGUUUAGGUAUGAAUGUGUUUUCAAAUCCAAGAAGGCAAAUGGAUUUGUUUUAUUUCGAUUGGAUCUGUCCUAUUUUUACGAUGGUCCCGUCUUCUCUACGGUAUUUUGGGGUUCUUGUUUGAUAUCCUUGAUUACUUGUGCAGCUACAUUUGCUCUGAAUAUCUUGUGGAUUAUCGUGCGGAAGGUUUCUCUUUGGUGGAUCAAUCGUUCGGGUAUUUAAUUCAAAUUUGGAUAAAAUAAUUUUUUAGAACGAAUCAGUAGAGUUCGGACAAUGGUGGAAGCAAUGGAGAAGUACAGACAACGGCAAAUAGACAGCUUGCAUGAAAAUUAUCAGAAGAAAGUGCAGGCAAUUCGCGAUAAUUAUCAUUCUCAAGUGGAAGAGAUACGACAGUCUUAUAUGAAACAAUCGGAUCGCUUCAGAGACUAUCGCCAGGCUCAGAUGGAGACGAUGACACAACAUUUAGAUAAUAUUCGAGACAAUUAUAACCAACAAGUAUGGCUUUAUGCGAUUUACUUUAGUUAAACUUUAGCAUGUAUAACUCAUGCCUAUUUUUAGUUGAAUCGUAUCCGAGAAUAUGGUUCGCGACGGGCAGAACAAUUGGUGGAAAGCUAUGAACGGCAGCUGAACAGAAUGAGGACAUUUACGUUACAACAUCGACUAAAGUUGAUGAGGCAGUACAAGGUCAAACAACAGUACAUAAACAGGCUUCUGGAGAACAUUGACAAUACUAAUAAUGUCAACGUGAUAUCUGAGAAUGCAAGUUGUGUUUUACAGAUUGUUGCGUCCUAAUAUUUUGGCUAAAUUUAUAUUGUUUUAGGAGCAAAAGAUCAGGGCUGUAUUGGAUUUACCAGAACACGAUCUUCCAUCCCAACCACCCUUCAUUGAGAUGAAACUACCAAAUUCUGAAUUACAACGUUCUGCUUCUUUCUAUUCUCUUCCCGAAUUUGUCUUGGAUGACGAUGAGAUGAGUGGAUUCAGAAGACAGUACCCUGCGAUUAACUUCAAGCAGUUUAAAGCCAGCGAAAUUCAGAUUCCCUCAACAAGUGGGACCAAAUCUUCGGGGGAUUUAAACAAGGAUUCAAAUGAGGCCACAGACGAACCGACACCAGACUCACCACUUCUGGGUCCGAGUUCCUCCAAACAUUGUAGAUAUUCUUCAGAUAAGGAUUAG